CACGGUGCGACGUAUGCGUGUCCAAAGGAUGAGUACUCGUCCCUGAAGACGGUUCCAGAAAGAUCGGGAUCACAUCAGGCCUCAGGAUCGCUCAUGAGUGCCUAAUCGGCCGCCCUUUGUUAAUCCCCCGGAGGAUAAAAACAUUUGCCGCUUCAGCGGCUUUGAAAGAAAGUGGGACUGCCGGCCGAUCAGGAGUGCACGAGAAGACGGAGGCAAUCUGAUGAAAUGCGCGAAGACGGCGUUAUGGGUUCCUUCACUUAGCUAUGGCACCCGGCAAGACGAAUGCUUAUUCGUCAUUUUCACGUGGACCAAGCGCAGGUUCGCGUGGACGUGCACUUCUGCGGGCUCACCGGCGGCGACGUGCUUUUCUGGCGCGGCGAGCAUCGCAGAACCCCGGAGCCGGCCAUGAUCCUCGGUUACGAAGUGUCGGGCACGAUCCUGGAAAUGGGCAGAGUGGCACACGAGCGGACAGGAUGUCAGAUGGGCGAGGAAGUCGUCGUGCACAACUAUCCCGUCUGCGGCGGCCUGGCGGAGAGCUGCCUGGCUCAUUACAGAGUACGGAACCCUUUUUACCCCCCCGAAGCGACGAGGAAAACGUCUUAAUUUGCAGCCUCGGAUACACAUUUGACGCGAUGGCUGGUAAUUUGCAAAUACCACGCCGUCGGUUUGCGUCGACUUUCUUUGAAUGCGGCCGCGUCGCAUUCCGUCGGGGCCGAUGCCGCUGAGAGAAUAAUCGAGUCGGGUAAAUGUUAGGACGUGUUUAGAUUAAUGGGACGGGUGUCCCUGAAAAAUGCGACGGCCGUCACGGAUGAUUAUUUCUCGGCGUUACUGGCGAUGGGCCGCCGAGCUCGUGUCCAAAGAGACGAGUGCCUCCUCGUAAACGCGAAACACUCGCGUUCUGCUCUCGCCGUCAUCGAUCUUGCCACCGGAGUGUUUGGAGCGAAGCCAAUAGCUAUAUGCGAUGAUGCAAAACGAGCCAAAUUAUGUGCGGAUCUCGGCGCGACCGUGAUAUGCGUCGAUAGAUACGAACGUUGCCUGCCAUACAAGUUGAAAAAAAUCGGCGGCAAGGAAGAAGUACGCGUGAUAAUCGAGACCGAAGGCGAGUCAUGUCUCUGGAACUCUGUCAAAUGCUUGGACCCUGAUGGUUUGAUCGCUCUCAUUGGUGAUGCGCGAAACAAACGAUCUUCCGAGUCUUUUCUCAUGCCGAUAAAUUACACGAUAUUUGUAGUUGCCGCGGAAUAUUACAAAGUUGCUGACACAUUGAUAUACAGGGAGACCAUGCAGCACGUGUUGGAUUACAAAUCGGAAUGUGUAAUUCGUCCUCGAAUCUCCGCGAUUUUUGGUUUACAUCGCAUUAACGAUGCAUUCGAUUAUUACGCAACCGUGCCGAGUGGGAAAGUGUUGAUUGAUAUGAAAAAUCGCGAUCGAUUCACUUUGUAUGAUAAACCUUAAAAAUAUUAGAUUCUAUCAGUUAAUUUUGUACAAUUUGCGCAUUUGAAUUAUUUCUUUUAGCCUUUAGUUAUUUGCCAAGAUGGCGUUAAUAUACAAUACAUUUCUUGAAUUACGUUUUUAUUUCAAGAAUAAUUUUUUGAAUUGUUAUUAGCAAGUUUAUACCUAAUUUAAUAAGCAGCGCAAAUUAAAAUUAAAUUUUUAUAUUCUUGUAUCCAAAACUAUGGUUUUUUUAUCCUGAUAAUUAUACGUUUUCAAAGUUUUCUUCAAAAUAAUUUUUCAUAAAUUCUUCACAUUGCUUUAUCAAAUAAUAUCGUAAUUAUUU